CAAUAGACGAUUGACGGGAUCUAUCGCUGAAUUGUUUCUAUGCGUGUGCAGUAUAAUUGGGGAAACAAUUCGGGAGAAAUUUUCUACCAAAAACUGUGCAUCGUUGAAGUUUCUCAAAUUUAAUAACCCGUAUCGUGCUUUAAUGAAGACAUUCUCAGGCAAAAACAGUUAUAUCCUUAUUUUAGACGCACAGUGAUACUAGUUCUGGUGUGAUUCAUACUUCAAACGCACCAUUUUCUUAGCAAAGAAAGACUACCAGUAGAGACGAAGUAGAAACAACUUAGUCAAUCCUAAUGGAUGGACACAUUAACUUGGAUCACACAACAGUGCCCACGUCGUCCGGUCCCGCUGCUGCACCACUGGCCGGACAGAUAGCGCGGGGUACUGGCUCCGAAUCUGAUUCGGUCGACGGUCGGGGUGCUAAACAUAAGCGAUGGCAAAAGUUCCCACCUGAGGAAGGAGGAGCUCGCCCUUCAUACGGGACUACGGAUAACCUCCCGCAGGUUACAAUCCGUGACCCAAAUAAUCGGACUGGUUCAACAACGGGAAAUCAAUCGCAGGCACCAGGUCGAAGUGAUCCUUCCGAUCCAGCUGCGCAUCAGCGGGAGGAGGAGGAAGAAGGUCUCAAAUACGGUGCCCAGCAUGUGAUCAAACUCUUUGUCCCCGUCACGCUGUGCAUGCUAGUAGUAGUAGCCACUAUAAGCUCGAUCAAUUUUUACUCCACCAAAGAUGUGUACUUGGUGUACACACCGUUUCACGAGUUAUCCGAUGAUACUGGCACUAAAAUUUGGAACGCAUUAGCCAACUCGAUGAUUCUGAUGACAGUGAUCGUGAUAAUGACCAUUCUUCUGAUCGUACUGUACAAACGGCGCUGCUAUAAAGUAAUCCACGGCUGGUUGAUUAUGUCCUCACUGAUGCUGUUGUUCUUGUUCAGUUAUUUUUACUUGGAGGAGGUUUUACGGGCUUACAAUAUUCCGUUCGAUUAUCCAACGGCGUUGCUGCUAAUGUGGAAUUUCGGCGUAGUAGGUAUGAUUUCGAUCCACUGGCAGGGUCCACUGCGGCUGCAGCAAGGAUACCUGAUAUUUAUUGCCGCGCUAAUGGCGCUGGUAUUUAUUAAAUAUUUGCCCGAAUGGACUACAUGGGUUGUGUUGGCGGUUAUUUCGAUAUGGGAUCUGAUUGCUGUAUUAACUCCUAAAGGGCCGCUGCGGAUACUGGUCGAAACGGCGCACGAACGCAAUGAACAAAUUUUUCCAGCUUUGAUAUAUUCUUCAACUAUAAUGUAUUCUUAUAUGGGAACGCAUGCCGAUCCGAGCGAAGAAGCCCUAACACGGUCAACGGGAGGUAUCAGCGGAGAACGGACCAUAGCAACCGGUGUAACCAGCUAUGGUUCGACUGGAACACCGGUACACAACCAACAGCAACCAUCGGAUAAUGCUGAAGGUACGCCACUGGUCACGUAUCGUGUAAACGUUGGGCCACGCAAUACGGAACCUACUUCCGUUGCAGUCAAGGAUCCUUCCGGAGGUUUCACUCAAGAGUGGGCUUCGUCUCGGCAACAACGUGUUACUCGACGGCAAAUCGAAGUACAAGCCAACGUUGCAAGUAAUCCAAACCGUCCGGAAUACCGAACCGUAACAGCCGACACCGAGCGUAGAUCUGCUUCAGAUAACCGAGGUACCGGCGACUCGCAACAGGUUCCACUAUACGAACAGGCAGAAGAGCGUGGUAUUAAGCUCGGCCUGGGCGACUUCAUCUUCUACUCGGUGCUGGUAGGAAAAGCAUCUAGUUACGGGGACUGGAAUACCACGAUAGCCUGCUUCGUGGCGAUUUUGGUGGGACUUUGCCUGACGCUGUUGCUAUUAGCGAUCUUCCGGAAGGCGUUACCGGCGCUACCGAUCUCAAUCUUUUUUGGACUGAUCUUUUGCUUUGUGACGAGCGUAAUCGUGAAGCCUUUCACCGAAGCACUCGCAUCGGAGCAAGUUUUUAUAUAGUGGCUAUCUGUGUAAGCUUCAUUGGAUAUUGUAUCUACUUACCUUAAUAAGCGAAAUAAGUACCGCUAGUAAUCAAUUCCGUUUUUAUAUACUUUCAAUCCAAUCGGAUUAAGUAGGCGAAGCGUGUAUUUUAUUCUCAGCUGCCAGUCUUAUAUAAACAACUAUACUGUUAUUGUACCGGAUAAACAAAAUCUAACUUAUUAUCUAAUCCCCCAUCCAUACUGAUACGGAUUAAAGCGACUAUAACUUAAGCAUUAGCCAAGCAUUGUAUUCUAAGUAGAAUUUCAGCUCUUAUUAGUCCGUCUCAAGAGCAGGGAUAAAACUUUUGUACAACAAAUCAUUCAAAUAAAAAUUGAAAACAAUUAUCA